AUGUUUUGUGGUACAGAAGUAAUACAUCAUACAAUUACCAUUCCUAUGCCAAAGGUCUUAAUAAAAUAUGAAAUAACAACAACAUCACACAUUCUUUCUGCUGUAGAUCCUGUGAUAACAUCAAAUUUAGGUGCACGCCAUCAUAACCAAUCAAGUCCUGAUGUUGAUAGAAAUUUGCAUGUUUCGUUGGACGACAGAGAAUUAUGGAUGCGGUUUCAAAAUUUGACAAAUGAAAUGAUUGUUACAAAGAAUGGACGUCGAAUGUUUCCUGUGGUUAAAGUUACAGUUUCUGGACUUGAUCCAGCUGCUAUGUACACCGUUCUUCUGGAAUUUGUUCAAAUUGACAACCAUAGAUGGAAAUAUGUCAACGGAGAAUGGGUACCAGGUGGAAAAGCUGAAGUACCACCAGCACAUCCAAUAUAUGUUCAUCCAGAGUCACCAAAUUUCGGAGCGCACUGGAUGAAAGAAGCUAUUUCAUUUGCUAAAGUUAAACUCACAAAUAAAACAAAUGGGAAUGGACAAAUUAUGUUAAACUCAUUACAUAAAUAUGAACCACGUGUGCAUUUAGUACGUAUAGAAUCAGAACAGCGGCAAGAGCAAAGACAUGUUGUUACAUAUCCUUUUCCUGAGACUCAAUUUAUAGCAGUAACUGCCUAUCAGAAUGAAGAAGUAACAUCACUGAAAAUUAAGUACAAUCCAUUUGCAAAAGCCUUUUUAGAUGCAAAAGAACGUCCCGAUUCAAUUUAUACUGAAAAUUCACAUUAUGGAUGGUAUAUACCACCACCAUCAUCAUAUGCUGCAGCUGCUGAGCAAGCAACGAAUGCGUCUGAUCGCUAUAUUCGUCAUUCUACCCGACCAUUACUGCGGACAACGCCGUACACAAGACCUCGUAUAAUUGCACCAGAAACUAAUAAUUCUUCUACUACACCCCCUUCACCUAACCCUCAAGCGUCAAGUACACCCACCGCCCAACAACAACCUACCCCAAUAUCAGUCCAAUCCGGAUUUUUACCAGUCGAACCUUCAAUUGCAACAAGUUCAAGUGGAUCAACUGGAAGCAUUUAUCCUUAUGCAGCAUGGCAAACAACAGCUACUCCAUAUUGGACUUCACCCGCUGCAAUAUCAAAUUCUGCUAGUCCAAUAACUACAAAUGCGUCGCCAAGCCCAUCUACAGGAUCACCUAAUUAUACAUCAUCUCCAGGAUACACAAUACAUCAUUUGACAUCGGCACAAACUUCACAUCAAUUCUCCCACCAAAAUGAAAGCUACGCAACACCUUCACCUCCACAGGUCUAUAGUAGUAGUCAUCAAAUUUAUCAUCCUACACCAACUUCCCCAAAUCAUCAAAUUUAUACAAAUGUUUUAAAUACUGCACCUAUUGGCUACUCUGCAACUUGGCACAGUGGAACUGAAUACAGUCUUUAUCAAAAUUCGUACCCAUAUCAAACUGCUGAAUUCAUUCCAUUAGUUGGAGAAAUGAGCGCAUAUAAUCAUCAAAUUGAAACACCAAAUGAACCUGCUAAAGUAACAACUGAAUCAGCAACAUCACUUUAUAAUAAUGAAGAGGAACCAACAACAGUAUUAACAUUAGAAUGUCCGGCAAGAACUGAUACAAAUAAUAAAUCCCACGAGAGUAUUCGAAAUGGAGAAAAUUGGACUCCAUUAACACCACCUCAUAGCCAAAUUUAAAACUCUAUAUAAAAAAAAUAUAAAAAACACU